AUGGAAAACUUGGCUACUCCAGACACCGACUCUAACAAAUUGGAGUGUGUCAUUCAGAAACUGGAAGAAAGUGUUUUGUCUGAGGAGAAGCUGACUGUAAGGGGCCCUUCACCAGAUGCCCCUCCAACAGGUCUACCGGCGAGAGUCCGAGAAAUUGUUACCAAGAACCUCAUCGAUAACUCAGCAGGGCCCAUGUCGUCAGUCAUAUCCCUGCAGGAGGAGAACCAUGUGCUUCAGGGAGAACUGUCCAAACUGGAGGAUCUUCUGGCUCACAGCAGAGCAGACCGGGAUGAACUCGCCAUCAAGUACAGUGCCAUCAGUGAGAGGCUUGAACAGACCUUGAGGUUGGAUCCCUGUGAUGGAGAUCCGACAUCAGAGUCCCGAAGCCUGGUUCAGCAGAAUGUCGAUCUGCGCAGACGACUGGAUGAGGAACAAGCUUCAUACAAACGCAAACUCACUGCCUACCAGGAGGGGCAGCAGAGACAGGCGCAGCUAGUGCAGAAACUUCAAGCAAAGGUCCUUCAGUAUAAAAAGAGGUGUGGUGAUCUGGAGCAGCUUUUGCAAGAGAAAAACUUAGAAAGACAAAAACUCGGUAGUGACAGUGAAACGUCAAAUGGCCACCAACCAGAUGAGUUGAACAACAACUUGGAGGAAGCUUUAAUCCAUCUUGAAGAAGAACAACAAAGGAGCAGUAGUCUGUCUGUUGUGAAUGCCAUGCUGAGGGAGCAGCUGGAGCAGGCUAGUUUAGCUAAUGAGGCUCUGAGCCAGGACCUCCGCAGGCUGACUGUGGAUUGGACUAAAGCCCGAGAGGAGCUGGAACAAAGAGAGUCCGAGUGGAGGAGAGAGGAGGAGUCUUUCCAAAGCUACUUCAGCAGUGAACACAGCCGCCUGUUGAUGUUAUGGAGGCAGGUGGUCUGGUUCAGGAGGCAUAUCUGUGAAAUGAAGAGCUCCACUGAAAGAGAUUUGUCAGACAUGCGCAAUGAGCUAUCCCACGUUUCACACUCGGCCCAGCUGUCCUGUGCGGGUCUGUCUGCGUCUCUGGUCCGCCGAGAAGGAGGGACAACUCUGGCUUUAGAGAAAGAGCGAGCGCUGAGGCUACAGCUGGAGCAGCAGCUCCGAGAGAGAGUCACAGAGACCAUGAACUUACAGACAAGGACUGAUGCAGAGAGGAGCGAACUCAACUUCAGGUUGUCUGAAUCUGUGCGUGAGGAGGAGAGACUCAGGAGCCAAAUGGAUGAAAAGGAAAGAGAAAUUGCUGCGGUGACGAGAAGACUUGAGGAGCAGAGUGGUUCAGACGAGACGGAGCUGCAGACAAUGAGAACGCACACACAGAUACUGGUCGACACACUCAGAGACAUCGCUCAGGUUGUGCUGACGGACGGAGAGUCCUCAUCAGAAGCGGACCAGGACCCAGGGGCUCCACUCCUGGCUCUUGUGCGCAAACCCUCUGCCUCUCAACGCUCGUCCUCUCCAUCGCGUGUCUCCUCUGGGACACUGGUGCCUGAGGGAGUGCUCUGCGCCCUGCGCUCUGCCAUCACCAAUCGACAACUACAGUUGCAGGAUCUCCGUGGGAGAUUACAGUCUACCCAGGCUGCAAUUCACACGCUCCGAAAGCAGUUAACAGAAUCCGAGACGGCAAAGAAGGAUCUGGAGCACAAGAACCAGAUGCUUCAGCGGGAGCGGGAUGGUGCGCUGAAAGAUAAGGAGUCUUUGCAGAAAGAGAGGGACCGAGCCAAGCACGACAGAGACAGUUUGAGCAGUGAAAAGGUGACUGUGGAGAAGUCCCUGCAGUCCGCUCAGAGCAGUGAACAACUGCUGCAGAUGGACUGCGAAAAGCUGCAUUUGUCUGUGGCCACGCUCCAGCGAGAACGAGAUGCAGAGAGAGAGGAACGAGAGGCCAUUGCACUGGAGAGGGACCGCAGCCGGCUAGAGGCUCAGCGCAUGCAGAAACAGUGGGAGCAGAGCGAGAGUCGCGCCUCAACCCUGAGAGGAGAGUUGUCUGCAGUUAAGGAGAGCCACCAGCAGGGGGAGGUGGAGCGGCAGCUGUUGCAGCGAGAAAAGGACGAACUAUCCAAGGGUUUGGCCCAAGUGGAGAGUCGUAAUGCAGAGCUCUCACUGCAGCUGAACAAGCUUCAGUCUGAGGAGGCAGCGCUCAGAGACUCUUUGACCAAAAUGGGAAACUUAAACGAGGGACUGACCCAGGACAAAGUCGACCUCAACUCUUACAUCCUCCAGCUUGAAGAAGAAAAGACCAUUCUUCAAACACAAAAGCGUGAGGUGGAGCAGGAGAAGCUGACGAUUAGAGACGAGCUUGUGCGUUUGGAGCAGGAGCGACUGGAACUAGACCUCGUGAGGAUCAGUCUACAGCAGUCUCUCCACAACGCAGAGCUGAGCCAGACCAGGACCGAGGCCGAGCUGCAGAGUCUGAGAGGAGACCGACUGAGACUGCAGGAGAGAGUCUCACAGCUGUGUGGAGAGGUGACUUCACUCAGUUCAGAGUUGAGUUCAGUCCGGGGAGAAGGGCAGAGGAACGAGGCCACACUGGAGGAGGUGGGACGGGGGCGAGCUGAACUGGCCCGGGACAAGGCGGCUCUAGUGGUGCAGCUGGCAGCCUCUGAAAGAGAAAACUCCCUUCUGUCUGAAGAGGUGUCUUCCUUUAGGUCUGAGCGGGAGUCCUUGGAGACCAGUCUGUUUGAAGUCCAGCAGCAGCUCGUUCAAAUCGAGUCUCUCUAUAAACAAAUGGAGACCGAGAACCAAACACUCAAAGUCCGUUCUGAGACUAUAGCAGCUGAACUGAAAAAAGCUCACUCUGUUGGUGAAAAUGCUGUUACUCAACUUGAAAAAGAGAAACAGGCUUUGAGUGAGACUUUAAUCAACACCCAGAAUCAAGCACAAUUGGUUCUGCGCAAAACCAUCUCUGACCACCUGGAGGAGAUAGAGAGGCUCAUCUCGGAGAAGGAAACAUCACGCCACAACCUGCUGAUGGAUCAUGAGGCAGACAUGAGAAAACUGAGACAAGACACAGAUGAACAGUUGCUUAAACUCCAGAGACAGAAAGAUGAACUUCUGGAAGAAAUACGAACCGUCCAGCACCUGAGAGACCAGUGUUUGCUUCAAGCAGAGACUGAGAAGCAACAGGCUCUCUCAUUAAAGGAAGCAGAGAAAGCAGCUUUGUGUGAGAAAGUGUCAAGUCUCCAGACUGAACUGUCCACUGCAAUCCUGGAUGUCGAGAGGAUGACCAGAGAGGUGUCUCAAUGCAAAGAGCAGGAGCAGAUCAGAGUUGGAGCCCUAACCGCUGAUGUGCAUGAGCUCCAGUCUCAGCUUGAUGAUUCAGUCUCUGCACAUGAACGCGUGCUGAGUGAACUUCAACGGACAUGCACCGAUCACCAGUCCAGGGCGGAUCUGGUUUCAAAAGAGUUGGAGCAGUGCAGAUCCUCUCUGUCGGCCUGUGAGGAGGCCAGAGAGCAGCUCAGACAUGACUUACUGCAGGCCAAGCGUUGUCUGAACCAAACGCAGGAUUCAGCUGAUAACUUCAGGAGAGAGGCAACCGAGCAGCGCCGCAGCCUCAGUGACAUCACUAAAGAGAGAGACACCCUGAGCCAAUCCAACGCUCUGCUCCGAGAGACGGUCAGGAGUGCAGAGACAGACCGUAUCAGCUUGAGGCGAAACUGUGAGGAGAAGGAGCAGAGGUUGCUGGUGGUGGAGGAGAGCCUGUCGUCUGCACAGAAGGAGGUGACGGAGCUGCGCAGCUGCCUGCGGGACGUGGAGAGGUCCCGACUGGAGGCGAGGCGUGAGCUGCAGGAGCUUCGCAGACAGCUGAAGGUUUUGGAAGCAGAAAAGGAGCAAAAGAGCAGAGAGCUAGCUGAGCUGCAGACUCGGCUCUCACUAGAAGAGCAAAGAGAAGAGGAUAAGAGUCGAGAGGUCUUUGGGCUUAAACAGAAGUUAAAUGAGGCAGAGACGACAAGAGAGUCCUUGAAGAAAGAGCUCUCUCUCAUUCAGAAGCGGCUGCUGGAGUCUGAAUCGUGCUGGCGCAGCUGUGAGAGGGAGCUGACUGCUCGGCUGCAGGAGGCUCAUGGCUGUGAGAAGAAGCUCCAGGACGAAGCCAAAAACCUGUCCCUCCGCGCUCAGUCAGCCCAGGACCAAGCGUGUCAGUCCAGUCUGCAACUAAGCGAGGCACAGGGACGACUAGCCGCCACUGAGGCUGAACUGUCCCGCUCUGAGAUCAGCAGGAAAGAGUUGGAGUUCAGACUGAGCAGCCUGCAGUCCACACUCUCACGCACACUGGGCAUCGGGGCAGCAAGCAGAGGGGGCAGAGGGAGGAGUCCAGGAGGCAGCUCUACUUCACCUAUGUCCCGACACCAGAGCAUCUCUCCUCUGCGCUCCUCUCUGUCGCCACCUAAAGAGAUGCGUACUAGCACCCCUGACAACACGUUGGGCUCUGGUCCAACGUCUCCGAAUAGAGCCGACACACCCCUGUCUGCCUCGGAUCUGGACUCAGACUCACUUAGAACUGGACUCAGGGAUUUCCUACUGGAGCUGCGAGAGGCUCAAAGAGAGAGAGAUGAUGUCCGCUCACAGAUGAGCAGCCUACAGCGUGAGCUUAAAGAUCUCCAAGCCCAAGGAGACUUAGCUCAGAACCGCCUCCUGCUGACCCAGAGCAGUUUACAAGAAAGUCACCAAGGAAAGCGUGCCAUGGAAGAGCGCCUGAACUCCACUCAGAUGUUGCUGCAGCAGCAGGAGGAGGCUGUGAGGAGAGCAGACAGAGACAGACGUGCUUUGGCUGACAGAGUGAAGGAUUUAGAGCGCUCUCUGCAGGCCUCCGAGGCCAACAGGAAACAGGUCCAGGAACAGCUUAACAAACAGCGAGCCGACGAUAUGCGGUUGGAGGGAGAAAGAAGACACCUGCGGGAGGCGCUAGAGGCAGCAGAGGCCCGGGCAACUCGGGUAGAGCUGGGGAGGCGCAGUCUGGAGGGAGAUCUGCAGAGACUGAGGCUGAGUAUGGGGGACAAAGAGGUGGAGAGCCAACUGGUCCAAGAGAGACAUGAAUCUCUGAUAAAACAGGUGGCUGAGGGUGAAGCGCGGUUGUCUCAGCUUCAGAGGGAGGUGGACAGACUGAGUCAAGCUUUGCUCAGAGCUCAGGAAAGUGAAAAUGUGCUGAAAGAGAGAGCUGUGACGCUGAACCUGAGCGUCAGUGAGGCCACAGCAGCUCAGAGCAGCUCUCAGAACCGCCUCUCAGUCCUGCAGAAGUCUCUGACCACGUCAGAGCUGGAGAAGCAGCAUCUGCAGGAGCGUCUGGAUGAAACCAGAGCAUCUUUAUCUGAAAGCAGGAGACAUACUGCUGCUCUCAGUGAACAAGUGCAAAGCCUCCAAAGUGAACUCAAACACAGUGAGUUCAAACGAGAAGAGCUGGAGUCUGAGAUCAACCAACUGCAGGAGACUCUGCGUCUGCGCUCUGCCAGUCUGUCUGAGGCUCUGCGCUCUCUGGAGUCCUGUCAAACUGAGCGGCCUGCUUUGGACGAGCGGCUGCGCAGCCUCCAGAGGGCGGUGGCCAUGUUAGAGACUGAGAAGAAAGACUCAGAGAGGCAGGCUGUGAGGCUGGAGAAGGACAAGAACGCUCUGAGGAACACUCUGGACAAGGUGGAGCGUCAGAAGCUGAAGUCUGAGGAAGGCACCAUGCGGCUCUCUGCAGAGAAAAGCCGCUUAGAUCAAUCUCUCAACACAGUGGAACAGGAGCUGCAAGAGGCACAGCAGCAAAUACUAAUUUUACAGACACAGCUGUCGGACAUGGAGCAGUCCCACGGUGUCUGCGAGAACCUGAGUCGACAGCGAGACGAGGCGCUGCGGGAGGCCGAGAGGCUGAAGGUGAAUCUGAAGGAUGUGGAGCGCAGCCUGGGCACGAGGGAGAGAGCUCACCGUCACCGCGUCAAGGGACUGGAGGAGCAGGUGUCCACUCUGAAGGAGCAGCUACAGAAGGAGAUGAAACGACGUCAUCCAUCGCUUCAGUCCACUUUACUUCCUACCACAUAG